AUGGGCUGGUGGCGCAGCAGCAACCACCAUAACCAGCAUAACCGCCAACAGUCCCAGAACCACCAGGAGAACCACCAGGACCCUUUCUCGCGAGGCACCAUACCCAACCUCGCGUUUCCCAGUACUGUCCGCCGCGGGUCACCGGUGUGGAAACCAAUCAAGAAUGUCUUCCCUUCGGCGCCUGACAAGCUCUGUGACGCGUUGUAUGCCCACCUCCUGGUAUACAACUACCUCACUUCGCUCUCUCCUCAGCAGCCAGCAACCACCUCAGCCUCAACAUCAACACCGGGACCCUCAACCACAAUACCCCGCAGCGCCACAACCCCUGCUAUGGCAUCCGCCGACGAGAAUCCAGCCACAGCGGGUCUCAAGAUCCCACAGAAAGCUGCCUCUCUCCUAGGCAUGGGUCAGCAGCUGGAGAAACAGAGGCAGGAACGGGAACGGGAACAGAAACAGACACAGGCGGAUUACCUAUUCAAAGACCUACCCGCCACACCCAGCCGAGGAAGCAGUACCAGUACCACCGACAGCCACGCAGGCCACGCGGGCCAUGUGGGCAGUGGCGGUCGGAACGGCGGUGUCAACAACCACCAUCGUCACAGUAACAGCACCAGCACCCCAACCGCGAGCGUCACCAGCGCAGCCGCAUUCGCCAUGCGCAAAGAACUCCUCGCCGGCCUGGAACGUUGCAUCACGCUCCUGAUAUCCGCCAUGAAGCAUCACGGCCCCCACAGCUCCCAUCCCACCAGCGGGAACGGCACCGGACUGGGAACGGAGUAUGCUGAGUCUACCAAGAGUGGGGAUUAUGACGACGAGGCAGAGGAGGAGGAUGAGGCUGUUGGUGGUGGGGUGUUGAUGAGAGCGCUUUGUGAGGUGGUGAGGUGCGCUGAGGAUGGUAUUUCCUCACUUGCCAUUUCGACAUCAACCUCUGCCACAGCCUCCACCGCCACCGCAGCCGGCCUCGAACCUCCACGCUCAUACCCUCCACCCCCCGGACCCUCCAAAACAUUCACCAUCGAUAUCCCCAUGUCUCUAGACGACGAUAUCACCGACUCCCUCGAGGGACUGCGCUUGACGCACAGGCAAGUUAUCGAUCUGCUGUCGCCCGACUCCGAUGACGAGGAGCACGAUGACGCCGACGGGGAUGAUUACGACAGCCAACAGCACCAACACGGCUACGGACCAGACGACUGGCUCGACCGCUCUUCCAUCUCGGGCGUAGGUUCCGCCGCGCCGUCAUCGUCUUCCAUUCUCUCGCAUGCCUCUUCGUCCCUCCCGCUGGGCGCGUCCGCAUUGUCCACGCCGCCCAGCAGCAGCGGCACGUUUCUCGGUGUCCCAUCGCCCCAUAAUCACCAACGCACCGGGGCGCCCCGAUCAGAGCCAGAACAACCGACGAUCAAGCCUGGCAACAACAGCAGAAGCAGCAGCAGCAGCCGUCGGCCCCCCAAACAACGGACCCUAGCUAGCCUGCGCCUGCAGCCGCAAUUCAACCUCGACUCGGCCGGGCAUCUGCUUGAGUCCUUCCGCGAGGUAAUGCUGGACCAUCUGCACUGCGUUGUCGUGCGGGAAGACGAGACGGUGAGUAGUAUGGCCAAGGAUCGGCCGUUUGUGCUGCUAGCGGUACUGGCGGCCGCGAGCGGCAGCCGCACGAUGCAGGGACAUAGUCUGUAUGACGAAGAGUUUCGGAAGGUGUUGGGGCUCAAGUUUGUGGCGGGAGGGGAGCGGACGAUGGAGUUGCUUCAGGGGUUGGUGGUGUACAUGGCGUGGUACCCUUUCCAUCUGCGACCCAAAAACCGACAGUCCACGCAAUACCUGCGAAUGGUAGUCGACAUCGUCAACGACCUCGAGCUUGACCAAAACCCGGGCACAGACUCGAUGGACGCCCCCCUGUCCUGCCAACGACUGGAUGAGAUCCGACUGUAUCUCGCCAGUUAUUUCCUUGUAACCUCCUCAGCCUCUGCCUGGAAUCGCACACCAGCACUCACCUACAACGAGUACACCGCGCGCUGUAGCGACCUCCUGCUGCACCACAGCCCGCUAGCCGGCGACCACAUUCUGGCCUGGCAGGUACGCCUCGAACGCAUCGUCGAAGAGACCAGCGACCUGCGCCGGACCCAGCGCGGCCACUCCCAGAGCGAGUACCAGAUCAGCCUGAUGUUGCGCGGCAUGGAGACCCAGCUGAGCGAGUGGGAAGCGCGCAUGGUCAGGGAAGACCAGGCGAAACACAGCGGCACCAGCAACAUCACCUGCAUAGGAACACAGGGUCACCCACGGGGCAUCGCCUCGCACACCUCGAUCCGCCUCGUAGUCCUUUACUCCCGCGUCUUCCUCUCCGGCGCGCCGUUGCUCAAGCUCCCCUCCCGCAAGCUACCCCUCGCGUGCCAACAAAACGCCGAGGCCGCCGCAGGCACGACCUUCCGCGCCGACCCGCACCGCCUAGCCUCCGUCAUCCCAUGGCUGCACCAGCUCUACGACUUCUUCCUGUCCCUCACCCCGACCGACUUCAACGCCUUCGUCGGCGUCGAGUGGCGCGCCCUGAUCAUGGCCGUCAUCCUGGGCUUCCGCAUGUCCUUCCCACUGCCGCUGUGUCCCGGCUGGGAUGCGGUCGCGGCCCGCCCGGUGCUGAGGUUUGGGGAGUACGUGGAGAGAUUAUGCCGGAUGGGUGAUGGGAAGAGUGCCGAGUGCGUUGUUGCGGAGAGUAAUGGGAGAACCAAGGGGGAUGGCGGUGGUUCAAGUAGCGGUGGAAGCGAGCAGCCGCAGCCACAACAACAACCAGGUCCGGUGAAAAGCAUGGAUGUGCUGGGUGCGAGCAAGAUCGUACUGGAGAUGGUUCGGCGCAAGUAUGUGAAGCGGAUAGCCAAGGCAGAGGCUGCGCGCGCUGAAGCGUCAGCGGCCCUCACCGCGCUCCAGGACCAGCAUAUGUCGGGCCCGGCUGCGAGGGCACAACCGCCCUCGGCAGCCCAGGAUCCAGCCACGAGCGGCUGUCCUAUGAUGGAUGGGAGCCUGGACCCGUACUACCCGUACUGGGAUGAAACGUUCAACACCGACCUGGGAAUGGGGUCGAGUUCGUUUGCUCCUCACGGUGCGCAAGUCGGGUCGGCUGGGCAGGUAGGGCUGGGUCCCGGAGGCACAGCGUUGCCAAAUGACCUGUGGGCGACUUUGACCACCGGGUGGCAGCAGGAAGAUGUUGAUCUAGAUAUUCCGUGA